AUGCAACGGGCGGAGAGGUACAUCAAGGGGAAGGAGGAUGACGUGCUGGAGAGGAGGGAACAGCAGAAGAAGAAAAAGGUGGCCGAGAAGUUAAAGGGGCAGGAGGACGCCUUCACGGAUAAGUUCCUGAACCUUGGCAUGUAUGACGUGUUGAAGCACGUGUACGAGGGGGGUCUGUACGCGGACUCGAGGAGCUUGGUGGAGGCCGUCUGUCGUUGGAUGCGCAGGGCCUACACGGGGGGGGCGGAGAGGUCAGCGGAGAGGGAAGCGGAGAAGAGUUCACCCGGUGUGGACAACUCACCCCCUGUGGGCAGCUCACCCCCUGUGGGCACUUCACCCCGCGUGGACUACCUCGUGGAGAAGGACCUCGCGGACAGCUACAGCCCAGACGGGGGGGAAAAAGUCGCCCACCACUUCCACUUGGACCCCCCAGGGGAGAAAAAGGGAAGUGCGCAGAUGGAGCCUCUAAAACUGUACAACAAAAAAAAUUUGAAAAAAUAUUUUUUCUCUCUGAAUGGAGGCAACAUUCUGAAGCAGCUGGUGAGUGAAGGGGAGGAUGAAGUUCUGGACCCUACGGAGGGGGGCGGGUCUCCCCAAAAAGGGGACCUCUCAAAAGGGGACCUCGCAAAAAGGCAAUUAAACGAACGAGUAAAAACGGUCUUAUCAUCCAACAGCAUCCUCAGCUGCGAUUACGAAACCUACGUCGAUGGGGAGAGGUACAUGCAGUCCAACGUCACCGUAGAAUUUAACCUAUAUGAUACGUUCAGCGACCGAGUGGUCUUAAAUAACCAAAAUACCAACUCGACCAUGCUGGAGUUCCCCCUGAUGUACAGCCACCAGAUUGUGCAGAAAUGCAUUCUGACGAUGAAAAAGCUAGAGAAGGCAAUUUUUUACAUUAACAAUAGCUUUUUGUUUGGUCUUUUUUCCCCUCGAGAGGAGGAACCCAUGAGUGAGGAGGACAGACGUGUGUACGAUGUGAUUACUAACGAAAGUUGGGUGAAGAUGGAAAUCUACCUCUGCAACAUUUACAGGAUGGAUGAGAAGUGGCUGGGCAUCACUCCGGAGACGUUCGCCGACGAGGCCAGCGCGAGCAGCUUUCUGCAGGCCUACUCGGGGGGGGGCAACUUGGUUUGCCAGCCGGGGGGGGGAGCGGUAGGAGGGUCGCCCUCCACAUCGGAUGAGAAGCGGCCUGGCACAGCGGAUGAAGAACAACCUUCCACACUGAACGGGGAGAAGCCUGCCGCAUUAGGUGAAGACCCCCCUGCCACGCCCAACGAAGAUGCCGCCGCCGCUAACGCGACCGCGACCGCUGCUACCGCCGCUACCACCGAGCGCCGGGCGGAAAUAGCGCGACGGCGGGAGGAAUACGAGUCGAAGAAGGACAUCGCCGCAAAGAGCCAGUUGCUGAUGGAGAAGCUGGAAAACGAAAUGAAGUACAACCCUAACCACUACAUGUGGAGGGACCUGUACCCCCAGCUGGACGAGCGAGGGAGGGAGCGAACAGAAAAAUACUUCAAAAACUUCCAAAAGGAAAUGAGCGAAAAUAAAUGUAGCCGCGGGUACACAGAUAACAUCAAAAAGAAGCAGCAGUUAAAAGGCUACGACAUCGGGGAGAAGAUAGAGGGAAGGGCAAAGCAUUACGUUUGGCAGGAGACGAUUCACUCCUUCGUUUUGUAUUUCCCAUUACGUCCAUAUGUUAACAAAGGGGAUAUCACCAUCGACAUUGAUAGCUCUUUUUUUUUCCUUUCAAUACGAGGGCAUACCAUUGUGAAGGAUUUUUUCAUCAAACCGGUUAAUGCUGCCGACUCAAUUUGGUCCCUCACCGAUCGGGAGGACGACGUGGUAGGUGGCAGAGUCUCCACGCACAAGAGACGCGAAGAAACAACCCCAGACGAAUUCCCCCUGCUGGAAAUCUCCCACGCGGAGGACUCGGAGGUCCACAAGAUGAUGAAGCGGAGGUACUGCCUCGUCUAUAACAUUUACAAGGACAAUAACCACAGGUACAUGUGGGGCUCCAUAUUUAAGGCGUCCUGA